AUGAGUUCCGAGCCCCCAGAAGAACCACACUUGCGCAGCGAACCUAAUACUCUGUCGCCUGCCUCGCCCAAGCCCAUCCACUUCCCCGCACCGGCCAACAUUCCCGUGCUCGAAAUGCAAACCGACGUCUCCUUCAACCAGACCGAACUCCACAUGAGCGACCCUGCCACACGCAACACCGAGCUGCGCCCGGAUGCAUGGCGUGAUCCGGCAGAACAGGCGGCUGCGUCAGGUGGCCAGUCGUCUCUCGAUACCGCGGCAGGAGAUGCAUUACACCCUACUGGCGAGGCGGGGGAAACGAGCGUGGAGAACGGUGCAGCUGCGGCAUCGGAGAUAAAUAUGACAGAUAUGACAGACACCGCCGCCACCAACGAGAUUCCAGAUGCCUCCGACUCUGUCCCGAUUCCUACUUCUCACUCGGACGGCGCCCGUGAAAUCGACCUCCAUCCACCACCUGAGCUGCCCCAGCCCUCCUCUGAUCCCAAUCUCCCUUCGGCACCCGAUGCCGAACCUUCCAACCCAGCCGGUUUGCAAAACCCACCUCGUGAAACUGGCGAAGGAGAUAGAGUGCACGAUGCGCAAUCCCACAACAACAGUGCUGUCGAUGUGCAAGCUUUGUUGAAUACCCUCGUCUCUCCGCCGGGCGCCCCCAAUGGCGCAGAAGCGUCCCAUACCACUUCCUCUCCCUCCGUUCAUGAACCCGCCCAAGCGCAAGAUCCCAACGCUACCGAUGCAAAUGGCGUCGAAGACGCCGCCCACUCAGCGUCUGGUCUCGCGGGUCAACCCAGCGGGCUCCCACCACGCCCGCCACCACAAGAGCAGCCCAUCCUCCACCCCAACUAUGUUCACUCGCAGCACAUCCGCGACUACCACCCCCAUGCCAACAACCCCGCCUUCCAGCCUCAUACGAGGAGUGGUAGUAGCAGCGGUCAGGGCAAUGUUGCCGAUCCGAGUUCGCGGAAUUAUGCGCCUCCCGUCCAUUCUCCAUCCAACGCUAGCGCUUCCCAGGCGCAGCCUCCACAAGAGUCGUCGAACACCACAUAUCUCAGCAACGCCACCGUUCCUGGCAACACACAGGGAGCCAACGGAAGCCAGCAGAGUCCUCCGUCGGGGAUUGGCGGCGGCAGUGCGCCCGUAUAUACACCCACUGCUGCUAAUAUUCAGGGUGCUGGGUAUGCCGCGAGUCCGCAGAAUGUGUAUGGAGGGCACCAGUAUCCCGCCACCUCCGGCACACCAAGUGACGGCCGACAAGACAGGCCAUAUCGGGAAGGCGAACAGCCACGGCCAGAGGACCGACCCUGGGAUGCAGAGGUGCAGAGGAAGUACGACCGCUUCAUUGAAGAAGAACGGCGAUAUGUGAGCGAGGGAAGGUGGGAGCAGUUCCCACAGGGAAGCAGAUUGUUUGUUGGGAAUCUCAGCUCCGAAAAGGUCACCAAACGAGACAUCUUCCACGUCUUCCACACGUACGGCGACCUGGCGCAGAUUUCGAUCAAACAAGCGUACGGCUUUGUGCAGUUUUUACGAACGGAGGACUGUAUGCGAGCACUGCAGACGGAGCAGGGCACCCAAAUCAGGGACAAGAAGAUUCACCUCGAAGUCAGCAAGCCGCAGAAGAACCGCACGCAGAACGCGCCACGCCGCUCGCGGUCACCUCCCGACGCUGGAAGGGGCCGGCCGGGGUCCAAUGUCGAUAGAUAUGUUUCUGGCUCGCGCGGGGGAAACAACAGAGGUGGCUAUCGUUCGCCUUCGCCCCGAGGAUACCGGGAUCGAUACGACGACCGAUCCAGACGGCGGUCGCGGUCCCCAGACUACGGCCGUGGAGGCCGAUACCGAAGCCCCAGUCCGCGUCGUGACCUCGAUGAUGAUCUACCACUACCUCGGCGUGCGCCCCGCGAUGUGCCAGACGUGCAGAUUGUCGUUCUUGACUCGCUGGAUCGCGACUUCGUCUCGUGGGUCGAGCAAGCUUUCGCCACCCGGGCCAUUCGCGUUGAUGUGUUGCUCCUUUCUCCCCGCCUCUCUGAACAGGCCGUCGUCCGUCGACAAAUUGUGGAGGGCGUGGUGGCCGUGGUGAAACUGAGUCGACAAAAUCAGGAUACGGGAAAGAUUGGCUUGCAGAUCUUCGAUCGCAGCGCCGGAGCCAACAACGUCAAAUUCGAAGAGUACGAGGGCUUGGAUCCAAGCGUUGCGGCGCAGUUGGUGCUGCGCGCAAAGGGAACGGCAGCGUACAACAAUGCGCCGCCGAAUCAGAGUUACUCUGGCUAUGGCGCGCAGCAACCGCAGCAGCAGCAGUAUGGCGCGCCGCCACCCCAGCAUCAACAGUACGCCAACUACGGCGCUCCUCCGCCUUCCGGCCCAGCACCGUACGGCCAGCAACAACAGCCGGCGGGCUAUCCGCCUCCGCACCAACCCCCCUACGGCGCCCCACCGCCCAACCUCAUCCCCAAUCUCGACCCGAACAAUUUGCAAAACCUGCUGUCGGCUAUGAAGGCGCCGCAGCCUUUGCACUCGACUCCUCCGGCUGGCGGGAUGUAUGGCCAGCAGCAGCAGCCGGGCAAUCCUGCUCUGGCGGGGUAUAUGCCGCAGCAACAGCAGCAGCAGCAGCAGCAACAAAGGCCGCGGAGCGGAGGAACGCCGGCGGCUGGAGGGGCGCAGGUGAAUAUGCAGGAUAUUCUUGCGAGGUUGGGGACGGGGCAGCGCUAG